GGGCCGCGGCCGGAGUCGCGCGGAGCUCGCCGCCGCCGCCCCCGCCCCCACCGAGACCCCCGAGGUCCGGGGCGGCGAUCGGCCCGGGUCGGCGGCGCGGCUGCUGGUCGAGAACCGCCACAACUUCGCGCGGAGCGGCCCGCCGUCGCGGCUCAUGUACUACCGCGGCGGGUCGUGGCUGGACUUCCCGGGCCGGGUGGUGGGCUCGCUCAGGCCGGGCUUCGAGGAGCGCAUGCCCGUGGUGGACGCGUGCGUCGACGGGGCGAGGUAUCUGUUCGAUUUCUUGCGGAUGCUGCAGAUCGAUUUGGAGACCGGGAACAGCCGGUCGAUCGCGUGGAUUGACGAGAGCGGGAAGUGCUUCUUCCCGAGUAAUUUCGUCGGCGAACGAUUCGAAGACGACUCCGCCGUCGUCGACGGGUCAGGCGGGAAUCCCGCGAAGAGAAAGAGGGAGAAGAUCGAGGUGGGCGGAGGGAAGAAGGAGGAGCAAGAGGUGAGUUCGUCGGAUAAGAGAGAAGACGUGUUGAAGAGACCGUGUCUAGCUGUAAACAAUCUAGGGAGACCUAGUCCUAGGUGGCCGAAUGUGAGGUUGUUGAGCGAGGGAGAUAAAGCCUACUCUCAGAUAAAAAAUUUCUUCUUGUCCGGCUUGAAGAAUGUGGAUCCCGGUGCCACCAUAACCGCGAUUCACCAGUGCACGAGGACGACAACUUUCGAGCGCGCAAGAUACGAGGUUUUUACGAAGCAGGUAGACAUCACAAGAGCUGCGAGAGGUGCGUCUAAUACUGUAUAUGCCUGGCAUGGGACGUCUGCGAAGGGUCUGUCAAUCAUAUUGGCGCAUGGAUUUGGAGUUCCUAUUGAGGCUCCUAAGCGUGAGAGUUAUGGAGUUGGUGUGCAUUUCUCUCCUGUGGGGUUGCCCCAAUUGUGUGCUAUGCAUUCGGAGGCAGAUGAUAAUGGCGAAAAGCAUGUGGUGCUGUGCCGAGUUAUAUUGGGCAGUGUUGAGAAAGUGGAUCUUGGGUCUGAUCAGUCUCACCCUUCUAGUGUUGAUUUUGACACUGGUGCGGAUGAUCCUAACAAUCCUACACAGCACGUGGUGUGGUUCAGCAAUGUGAAUACUCAUGUUCUUCCUGAGUGCGUUGUCAGCUUCAAGGCCUCUAACAAUGUUAAGGGCGUGAAGAAUUCAAUUUGUGAAUUAAUUUCGAAGAUGAAGAGUGCCCUCCCUCCUGCCAAACUUCGGGAAGUGGAGAACUUGUAUAGUGUUUUUAGGGCAGGAAAGUUGGUCAAAGAUAGUUUUGUGAAACAGUUCCGAUCGAUAACCGGUGAUGACGCGCUGCUUUCUGCAAUUCGGGAGAUUCGUGGAUCCGGAUAAUGAUCGUUGAGAUUCUUUUAUUUUGGAAGCAUUCGUUGUGAUUUGCUCAAUUGAUAGAAUCAUAGGAGUACAGGAUCAUACAUAAUACUCAGUCAAAGGAGGGUUCAAAAGAAAGGGUUUUAACUGUGCAAGCAAGAGACCUUUUCAAUUGGUUUUUUUUUUACUCAUUUUCUUACCGCCUUAUCAAUAAGUGUGGAAAAGAUUUCAGAUGAAGAAAUGUUAGCAUUUGUCGGUGAAUAUGAUGUCUUGAAGUAUGUGAAGCCAAGGACACCCAUCUUUGAAUGGCUUUGAAUGACUUUCUCAAAAAAGUCAUAAAUGUUAUUUUGAUCUAUCAAAUUGUCAUAUUCCUAA